UACAUUUAUAGGAGCGUAUGUGCUUGGCUUUCUUAUAACAUUCACGUCCAUUCAAUCCUUGACCAAGUGUGCAGCAACAAGAACUAUUUUUCAUGGAAUGAAAUUUUAAAAAUUUCCAUCACGUCUGUCUAUCAUUCUAAAACAUCGCACGAAAAUGGUUUCCGACUCACCACCCCCCACGUACGACCCCACCACCACUAAAAUUAACUUCCCUCCCGAACUCGACGCCGCAUUGGAUAUCAUGAUAAAAGCUGAUGGCAACAAGGACAAAACAAAAUCUGAAGCCACGGCCGCUUUGGGGGACACGAUUUCAAAAUUCUCGUCCCAUUUUUCCUCCCCUUCAAACAUGUGGACCGUUUUCGACGCGAUGAAGAAAUUCAUCGCCACGCAGCCCGCUUUCUCCGACCAAUUCAACUACACGAACCAACUCGCACUAAUUUUGGACAGCAUUUCCACCCCGGAUAAAACUCGGGACGAGAAAGUAAUCCAACUUAUCGCCGAUUUUAAGAACAAAAUCGCCACUAAAGGUGACCAAAUCGGACAGGACGUAGCAACCUGGGUGACUGGAAAUGGAGAUAAAAUUACUCCCAUUAACCUCUCCUUAUUGCAAAUUGUGCUGGAGAAAGUUGGAUUUCCAUUGCAGCAAAAAAGUUGGGCAAGCGCAAUCACAAUUUUGCAAAAUAAGUAUUGCAUACUUUUACCCACCGAGGGUAAUACUUGGCUGUCUGAAGUGGCAUCGACCCUGAUGAAAGUGGUCCCGUCCGAACUGAAUAAUCAAAGUCGAAUCGAAUUGGUAACGCUGCUCCAAUUCUGCAUCACGACGUCGCUAGAUAUGCAAAAAUUUCAAGACUUGCUCAAGAAUAUUCUCACAGUGUUGGAAAAGGAUGACAAAACUGUGCGAAUUUCGAUAACAAAACUAAUCCUGAAAGCAAUCCAGCUUUCCAUGUAUUCGCCAAAGUUUAUAAUUCCGGUCGACUUUUUGAAAAUGAUGAGGGAAAUUAGCCCUACCGCGGCAAUUGUGAAUUUUACCGGAGUCAUGAUGUCGUAUGUGAGGGAGAUUUUGCAAAAUUGCAAAGAUACCGGGUACGUCGAAGAAAUGGUGGACAUGCUCAGUUUCGCAGAUUUGGAGGGGAUCUUCAUCAGCGACGUGGUGGACGGAGUGGUUGCUAUGACGAUAAAUCAAAUCCAUCCCGUCGACAGUAAAGUGUAUCCCGAUGUUUUCAAAGAGUUGCGAAAAAACAAUGGCAAACUCACUCUGACCCCGAAAAGUGCAGAAGAAUUGCUCAAGUCAGUUCAACAUUCAAUUGAGACUGAUAAUCUCGACAAAUUUGCACAACUAGUUUUUCAACUUGUCGAAAUUUGCGCCGGAUCGGACCACAAUUUUGCAGAUGAUGAUAUCAAGAAUAAAUUCGUAUCAGAUUUUGGCACCCUGUUCAAAAAUCGGCUAAUCACCGUGGUCGAGAUAGCGGACAAGAAAAUCGUACCACUUCAAAUUUUCUGCACUACUUUCACCUCUCUGAUCCAGCUUGGAUUUGACAUUGAUGGCGAAACCUUCACAAAAAUGAAUGACUUUCAAACCAGAGAAUCUUCAAAAAUCGGAAACGACGAGAAAAUCUCGUACCGUGGCAUGAUGUCCGCCACCGUGGAAAAAUGGGGCGAAUCUCUCUCCACCAAAAUUGGCCUCGACUUAUGGAAAAAUCUGCUAAAAGAUGAACAAUUCGACGACAAUGGAAGCCUGGCCAACUCAAUUUUAACCAGCAUUCCAUUCUCAGACGAAACGUGGGACUUUAUCCUGCACGAAGUCGUUUGGAAAGAGACGCCAUCUCGCGAGGAUAACAUUUAUCGUGGCCUCGUCACUUUGGCGAGUAAUUCAAAAUUCCCGCGCUCUCGGGUCGUCGACGUGGUGAAACAUCGCUAUAGCAAAUUGACCUUGCACUUUUUCAUUGCUUGGAUUAAUAACAAGAAAAACGAAAACAUUUCCCCCGAGGUGGACGAUGUUUUCAAAAAUGGGACAAAAUAUCAAGAGUGGAUGGAUCAAUAUAAGGACCAAGAUUCCGACAAUUUGUUGACCUUGCUAAUGAAAUUUGUGGAUUUAGAAUUCCUUAAAGAUGCUCCGGCCGAGAUUCAGUUAUUUUUUGAUUUGCAUGAAUGUCUCAUAACGAGGGCGAAGGGGGGCACGUUUUCCUCGGUGUACUGGGUAAAAUGGAUGGCUUGGCAGAUAAUCUUCGUUUUUGGGGUGAAUAUCGGAGUUGAUUUUAAUUUCAAGUUGAUAGAUAAGGUUGACCCUGAGUCUGUUAGAUUAGGGGUGAAAUUGCUGCUGGAUUUCCCGAUGGAAAAAGGUACCCCGAUGGAGGUGGGGGAGGGUGAGGUGAAAAUAAUUAAGUGGCAGUUGAACGAGUUAAAGGGGGCAGGAUGGGUAACGGAAGAAAUCAAAGGGGACAUUGGAAAAGUGCUGGAUACGAUUGGGAAGGUGUGGGGUUAAGGUUCGAAUUAACUAGGGCAUAGAUUUUUAAUCUCAUCUUACCCCUAUUCAAUAUCUUUAAAUGUCUAAAAUGGAAUCAAUUCAUAAGUUUCGAAAUAAAUGUGAUGUGCAUUCUACAUGUUUAAUUAUGUUUGCAAUUCAAUAAUUAUACUGAGGAAAAAAAUUGAAGAAGUUUCUAAAAAUGUUAAUCGAAUUUAAAUAUUUAGAAGUUUGUUAAUUAAUCACUCAUAAAUCUGAACAGAGUCAAGCAAAUUAAUUUGACAAUGUUUGAAAUUAUUUAAUUGUAUCAAUUUUUUAUAUGUAUUUAGUGUUUCCGAUGUAAAUAAAUAAAUGCAGAAAAUCUUAAGUUUUGACAAAUUUCUUCAAUCUGACUUCCGCAAACUGUAACAAUUUACUCACAAUCUUCUUGCUAAAGGUUAGAAAUUAAUGGGAAGUUAAAAAAGAUCAACAAAUUGUACAUAUUUGUCUAGAUUUCAUCUUAUCCUGCUUCAUAUGCAAAAUAUUAUGAAUAGAAACGUCUCAGGUUCAUAUAAACUUUUAAGUCUAAACUUGACCAUGAACUUGUACAUUAGUUAAUUCUGUAAAAUAUCGAAAUACUGAACCAAUAUGCAUUUGCCUUUUCUCAAUAAAAUCGACGUAUGCAUGCAUAA